AUGGGCUCCAUAGAAGGCAACGGCGCAUCUACAGAGCAUGCCAGUACAGAUGCCAGGCCGAAAAAGAAACUUCUGCUCAAUGCAUUUGACAUGUUUACGCCCAGCCAUCUGGCCUUUGGUCAGUGGCGGAAUCCCAAAGACAGAAGCCGGGAUAAGCGCAGGGACUUGACAUACUGGACUGAUUUGGCCAAGAUACUGGAGAAGGGGAGUUUCGUAGGGUAUUUCCUUGCUGAUACUUUUGGGCCUUACGACGUCUACAAAGGCGGCACUGAGCCAGCAUUCCGCACGGGAGCGCAAUGGCCAAUGGCAGACCCUGUAAUCCCCAUCUCUGCUAUGGCCUCAGUGACAAAGCACCUCAACUUCGCCGUCACUACUUCGACAUCGUACGAACAGCCUUAUGUGGUUGCGAAACGCUUCGCGACAUUAGAUCACUUAACGGGUGGUAGGUUUGGGUGGAACAUUGUCACCUCAUGGAAACAGGCUGCAUCAAAAGCAGUCGGGCUUCCAUACAUUGAUCACGAUAAGCGAUAUGACAAUGCGGACGAGUACCUCCGUAUAUUAUACAAACUAUGGGAAGGAUCCUGGGCCGAUGAAUCUCUUAUAGAGGAUUCUGAGAAGGGAAUAUACGCAGAGCCGUCCCGCAUUCGUACAAUCAAGCACGAAGGAAAGUGGACUGUCGAUGCCCCAUUUAUUGUUGACCCAUCCCCCCAACGAACGCCAGUACUAUUUCAGGCGGGAACAUCACCUGCUGGGAUGAAGUUUGGCUCGACUCACGCGGAAGCCAUCUUUGUAGCCGGCCUGUCUCCACAUGUUGUUGCACCUCGCGUGAAACAAAUCCGCGAGCAGGCAGCAGCCGCUGGCCGUGACCCUCAAUCUAUUAAGAUCUUUGCAAUGAUCACACCGAUAAUCGGUGUCGACGAAGAGGAUGCCGAACGAAAGCAUCGCGAAGCUUUGAAGUACGCUUCCGAGGAAGGCGGUCUAGCGCAAUGGUGUGCAUCUUCUGGCGUUGAUGUUUCCAAGUUUGAUCCCGACUACCUGCUCACCGAUAAGGACCUUCCAUACGCCCAGUGGCAGAAGCUGUCUCAAUCUACCCAGUACAACUUACAGUACUCCGGAGACGAUGUUCCGCCUCUCACAGUGCGAAAUCUUGGAAGACUGGUAGCAAUAGGUGGAUCUGGCGCUAUGCCUAAAGGUAGCCCAUCCCAAGUUGCCGAUAUAUUCGAGCAGUGGGUCGACAUCGCGGACGUAGAUGGAUUCAACAUCGCUUAUGUAACUUCACCAGGCAGCUUUGAGGAUGUCACUGAGCUAUUGACACCCGAGCUCCGCAAAAGAGGUCUCUUGGAUGACCCCAUCACUGAAGAUGCAGAAGUGCUUACAUACAGGGAACGGAUAUAUGGAAAAGGACAGAAGCGACUGAGGAAUGACCAUCCUGGGCACAAGUACAAGUAUGAAACAUAUGAGCAAACGAUCGCAGAAGAGGAGAAGAUAAAGAAGGCAGAGGUGAAUGGACAUUCAUAG